UGCAGAUCUCAACAACCGAUCGUGAUGUGGAUCUCAAGACACCGGUCGAAUACUACAUCAUCUCGGGUGAUGCACUGUCUCAGUUCCAGAUCAAAAGUACGGGCGAGGUGUUCGUGGUGAAAGCGCUCGAUCGCGAAAGUAUCAGCGAGUACGAGUUGAAAGUGAUCGUAACCGACGGAAAGUUUACGGCAACGGCCAACAUCUCCAUUACGGUGCUGGAUGCGAACGAUAAUCCACCGUACUGUCUAAAGUACCGCUACCGGGAGCAGCUAAGCGAAGGAGCCCGUCCCGGAACGUUCGUGGUGCAAGUGUUGGCCAACGAUAUGGAUGAACCGGCCAACAGUCGCUUGCGCUUCUACCUCACCGGUAACGGUGCCGAGGAUUUCAAUCUCGACAAAGACUCCGGUCAGUUGAAGACAUCCCGUCGACUGGACCGCGAAUCCCAGGCACGCUACAGCCUCAUGGCACACGUACAAGAUCGUGAUCAUCCCGGGUGGGAGUGUUCCUCGCAGAUCGAACUGACACUAACCGAUCUGAAUGAUAAUCCACCGGACUUUUCGAUGAACCCGUACAGUGUGACCCUACCGGAGGAUGCCGAGGUAGGCACACUGGUCACGAAGAUCCAUGCAACCGACGCGGAUAUCGGGAUCAACCGGAAGAUCAAGUAUUCGUUCCUCGACUCGUACCGUGAUCACUUCCGCAUUGCACCGGAAUCGGGUAUCGUGACGUUAGCGAAACCGCUCGAUCGUGAGCUAAAGGCAGUCUAUAAUCUUUCGGUCAGUGCGACGGAUCUCGGUAAUCCACCGCUCUCGAAUGCGGCCACACUCAUCAUCAACGUGCAGGACAUUAACGAUAAUCCACCGGAGUUCACAUCGAAGCACUACUUCGCCUCGGUACCGGAGAUCAAUUCGAUCGGUUCCGAGAUUCUGAAGGUGCUCGCUACGUCGAAGGACACGGGCAUCAAUGCGGAGAUCAGUUACUCCAUUAUCGGUGGUAAUGAGCAUCGGAAGUUUGCGAUCAAUAACCGGACCGGUGUGCUAUCGCUUGCCGAUACGCUGGACUACGAGCGUGCCCGGGAUUAUUUCCUUACGAUACAGGCCGUGGAUGGUGGUACGCCACCGCUUAGCAAUCUGGCCACGGUUAACAUCUCCGUGACGGAUAGUAACGACAAUCAUCCACAGUUCACGCAGAACUCGUACAAUGCACGGAUCCGGGAAGAUGCUCAACGAGGCGAUCGCAUCCUGCAAGUUCGUGCGAACGAUCUCGAUGCGGAGGAAAAUGGACGCGUUAGCUAUACGAUCGAGCGUGGUGAUCGGAUGGAACAGUUUGCGAUCGAACCCGACACCGGGUACAUCUCCGUUGCCGGAACGCUGGACCGUGAAUCGAUCUCAAACUAUGUGCUCGAAGUGCAAGCCCGUGAUCAUGGCGUACCGACGCUCACGGCGUACGUUCUGGUGAACAUAGAAAUUUCGGAUGCAAACGAUAAUCCACCGAUGUUCACGCAACCCAACUACACGGCGGUCGUACAGGAGGACAAACAGCUCGGCCAUACGCUGCUCAAGUUCGAGGUAACCGAUGCGGACGCAGCUCCCAAUGCGGCUCCCUAUACCUUCGAUUUCCGAUCGGGCAAUGAAGGUGGUGCGUUCCGGAUCGAACAGGAUGGUAUACUACGUACAGCGACACGCUUCAACAGUAAGAUCCGCGAUAGCUAUCAGCUGCAAGUGCGUGUGUUCGAUAAUGGCACACCGCCACUGUACUCCGAUACCUGGGUGUUGGUGAAGGUGAUCGAAGAAUCGCAAUAUCCACCAUUCAUAACACCGCUCGAAGUGUCGAUCAACUCGUUCAUGGAUGAGUAUCCGGGUGGUGUGAUCGGUAAGGUACACGCGACGGAUCAGGAUCAGUACGAUACGCUUACGUACGGCUUGGCACCGACACUCGGUGUCCUUUACUCACCGACGAACCUUUUCAACAUCUCACGCAACGAUGGUGUGAUCUACGCUUAUCCACGGCUCGAUGUCGGCGAUUAUCGGGUUAAUGUGACGGUCACCGAUGGCAAGUACUCGGCGUUCACCAUCGUGAAGGUAGCGGUCGAGCUGGUAAACGAUGAUAUGCUCGCAAACAGUGUAGUAAUGCGCUUCCUAAAGGUCUCACCGGAAUCGUUCGUCCUAAGCCACCGGAAGGGCUUCAUCCGCUCGGUACGCAGUGCGAUCGGUUCGAACUGUAAGAUCAAGGACAUUAUCAUCAUCUCGGUGCAACCGUCCAGCGAUGAUCUGAACUUGAUACAACACCGGGCUCGAAGGGCCACCGAGGGUCUUGCGAAUGUCACACAGAGCGAACCAUCGCCGAGAGUCCGCCGUAACGCUAACCGUGAUCUGGACGUACUGUUCACGGUAAAGAACGGCCAAACGGCCGGUGGGUAUUACGCAGCGGAAGAGAUCCGUCGACUGAUCGAGGAAAACCUAGAGGAGAUCGAGGAUGCAACGAAGCUACAGAUCGACGA